CAGUACAAAAGCAACAUGCUUUAUAUGUCCUGCAUUAGUCCUUCUCUCAGUAAUGAAUAUCUUCCCCAACAAACAUCUGGUGUGACUAUGGGGAGAACUGGAUUCACCUGCUGAGGACACCCGGAGCAGAAUUAAUUAAUCACAAUAACCAACCAUGGUGGUCAGGAAAUAUGAAUAGAAAUCGACAUGGGCCUACGUGGUUUCAGUUAAUAAAUAAAGGAUGGCAUCUACUCCAAAUGUUAAUUCUUCUUGGACUUUGGUUCCUGACAGUUGCCGUUGAAGGUGAUUGCCCAGUAAAAUGUAAAUGUACCAAUUUGACUGGAAAGGCAUUCAAAGUAGACUGCAGUCUCAGGAAUCUGGAGGACAUGCCAUCCUUCCCUGAAGAAACAGAAGAAUUGUAUUUGCAGGAGAACCUACUCACCACAGUCCCUGCUGGAGCCUUUGAUAACUUGGUAAACUUAAAAAAGUUAAACUUAUCCUCCAACCCACUGCACUGUGACUGCAAGAUCUGGUACUUAAUUAUGUGGCUUGCUGAUGGAGGCAUGGACACAGUCAGCGGGAUAAAGUGCCUCUCCCCCUCCUCACUGCAUGGGAAACCAGUGAGCCAGUUAUCAGGAAAGCAAAUUGCUUCUUGCUCCAGGCCCUCAAGACUCUGUUCAGACUUUCUAUUUAAUGAUGCUUUUCUUUACGCUUUACUUUUAGUUUUGUUCUUUGUUAUGAUUUUAUGCUUGAAAACAUUUAAAAUGAUGAAAUUUGAAAUCAGUAAGAGAAAAUGACAUGAAAUGUUGGAACAUGUAAACAGAGACAUAAAUAGUGUUGAUGAUGCCCAGGGCAAAUUAAAAUAUGGCACCCUUUGAAAACUGUUAUUUAAAAUGCGGGCUGAAUUCUUAUAUUCGUAUUCAAAAAUGCACACUGGAAUUAGAAAAGAAUGAGAUGAGGUCAAAACGUGAAUAUAAUAGCAAUAACUGCCGUGUACAUACACAUUCUUGUGGAUGGAAAUUUGUAGUGAACAGCUGGGGACGUGCGGGCCUCCUGGGAUCACAAAAGCUGUAGGGAUUUUGAUAGUGUGAAAGUAGUUUUAGAUGUUUCUGUAACAGUCCUGCUACCAGCUGUUAGGUAAACUUAAAAUGAAAAAUAGUUCUGUGCUUUUGUCACUUAUUGGUGCUCAAUCCUCCUGACUCCUGAAAUUAAAUCUAUCAUAUAUUUUAUUUCCUUUAUUUCUCUGCAAAAGUAGGAUGUGCAAAUCGCUAACAGAUCCUUAGAGAGGUAUAUGGGUGAGUUGAUGUAUUAUUAGUAUCCAAUGUACAGUAAUGUUUGUAUAAUAAAAUGUGGUGUUGAUUUCAAA